UAAUAAUAAUAAUAAUAGUGUAAAGUUCUAUAUGUAUGUCCGAUCCUAAUUAAAUUAAGCUAAGAUAAUUGAGAACCAAAAAUUAAUUAAAGAUCUCUAUAUAAAUAGUGUGAUUGGGGUGUGCUAAUCAAAACACGAAACAUAGGAAUUGAAUUUGAGGAAGCUAAGAUAAUUAAUUAAGAAUGUUGAACUGGGGACCAGUGCUAGUGUCGGUGGUGCUGUUUGUGUUAUUAACACCAGGGUUGUUGUUUCAGGUGCCUGGGAGAUCAAGGUGUGUUGAAUUUGGUAACUUUCAAACAAGUGCUGCUUCCAUUCUCAUUCACUCUCUUCUCUUCUUUGGUCUCGUUUGUGUUUUCCUCAUUGCCAUUAGAGUUCAUCUCUACACCGGCUGAAAAUUAUUGGCUAUUUUUA